CUGGCAUUACGGCAAGGUUGCCAGAUUAAAGGGUCCUGUUCAAUUUUGACUUGUAUUAAUUUGAAUUGUGAUAGACAAAAUGUUGCAGGUUUACGAGAUCUCGAACAUUUCCAUAUGGUUUUAAGAGAACUGAUUGUUAGGGAAGUUUUUUACACCAGGUCUCCGCUGUAAACACUAAGCCACAACCUGGCAACCCUGGCCUUGGGUGGAGGGUGAGAGGAGAGCUCCAGCUUCAACUUCAGCUAGCUGAUAAACUAGAGAGCAGCAAGAGUGUUCAGGGGAACUCUCCAAACACAGGAGGGGAAAACAUGGCGAAGGGCUCAAGAGUGUCUGUGGCUGAGCUGGCCGGAAAGUUCGCAUGUCAGGCUCCCCAUCCUACAGAAGCUGAAGUGAACAAGCCUGUACGAAAGAGACCUCCACGCUCACUGCCACUUCCUGCCAGUAACGAUGCAGGUCAGGACGAGCAAAAACCAGAAGUUGGAGCCAAUCCACUCAGAAAGAAUCGAAACUCUGCCCUCAUUGAGAAACUACAGGCAUCUCUUUCUCCGACUGCCCUCCUGCCUUCCCCAUUGAGCCCCGGUGCUGUAAAACCACAGCUGCCGUUUUUCCCACCUCAGUCUCCUAGUAGCCCAGUCAGCCCAACCCCAGCACCCAAACCAGCUCAGAAGGAGAUCCCAGCCAGCUUUGAGACCCCUGCAGAAGGCACCAUACUACAAAGCAUAAACAAGGGUCGUGCUCGUCUUUCUAUCAAACGUCGUCCGCCGUCUCGCCGACUCAGAAAGUCCAGCGAGGAUGAAGGCGGGAAUGAAGAAGAAAAAAAUGCCUCGCCCAUCUCUGGCUCGAUAAAUCCAGAUGGAAAGGAGAACGAUGUGUUCGCAAAGCAGAGCGUGCAAAAGGAAGAGGUUGACGGUAAUGAAUCGGCAACUGCUACACCUAAAGAAGAGCAAGAUCAAGAGCAAGAGAAAGAGUCAACAGAUUCAGAACAGCAGCCCUCAGCUUCGACAGGAGGAGAAGAAGAGAAGGGGGAGUGUGCUGUUUCAAGUGAGAAGGAGGAGACGGUUGAAGAGGAGAAGAAGUCUGAGCUAGCUGAGUUAGACAACGAAAAUGAUGAGUCCACAAAACAAGAGCCUGUUGAGGAGACAGCCACAGAGCCACAGAGUGAACCAGCAACGGAAGCUGAGGAAGAAGUACAACAGGAUGUGAAAAAAGAAGAAGAAGACGGAGGAAUGUAGAUGCUCUACACCAUAAAGAAUGGGAAUUCUGCUCAACGGACAGUUCACUUUAUCCUAGGCACAUUGGUGAGCCACAAGGCUGAAGUGUAGGCCCAAGAAUAAUGUGAAUAGAAUGUCCUGAAUCCUUCCAAUCAAGCUUUAGCACCAGUUAUAGCUUUUGGUUUUAAAAAAUGUGUAUGUGAAAGUUCAUUAUAAAAAAAAGAAGAAAGAAAUUCAUUGUUUCCUGUACAGUUUUGUUAACAUUUUGCUAACAUCUUUUUACGUGCUGGUGAAAUUGUCCCAGAUUCAGUAUUAUUUUUUUGUCAUUUUGUAUAUACAUUGCACUAAAGUAAAUGUUGUAGUAAAGAAUUGAUGAAUGGAUGUUAAUAAAACUUGCUUCAUUAAUUUAAACUUCAAAACACUGGGAUUAAGAAUGAGCGGAUUGUGUGUUGCCAGAUACACCAUCGGGUAUUAUGUUCCGAGAUUUUUCUUUUGAGAAGUCUGUUUUUCUUUAUAUUUUAAUGAAUCAGAUAACCAGUUGUGUUGUUCUAAUAUCCCAAGGAUGUACAUCAAUGAUUAACAGCCAUAUAUUGAUGAUUGAGUCCUUUUUUAAAGUUCAUUAGAAUUUAUUUUCUCCCUUAAACUAAACAAGCACAACCUUGAACCUGCUUGAAUGUGAUUCAAUCUGUGUGUUUUCUACAAUUGUGUGUCUCACUUGUCUAACCUUUGAUUAUAUUUCUGUCAUCCAAAAUAUACCUCGCUGAGUUCCACACUGGAUGACUCCAAAUCAGUUACCGUCACAAGAAGUAGUUAGCAGUUUAAUAAUAGUACACUGGAAAUACAUUCAUUUAUUUGAAUUUUUUGAACUGUGAUGAUUUUUUAAACUAUGUGAAUAAAAAAAAGCUUUGUGUCACAUUGA